UGAUAGUUAUUUGUUGAAUCUCCUUGGCGUGGGGGAAACAUCCAUGAUCCAGCCAUGUCCUCAAUGCAUUUGUUUCUUGUUUUUUUUUUUAAAUCUCACGUGAAAUGCACGUGCUGCCUGACUGGUAAUAAGAAAAAAAAGGCCGAGACAGGAAGGGGGAUGAAGAGAUGAGAGGCAUCGGUGGGCCGCUACUGUCCAUAGGCGAUCUGCUGAACGAUGUUGGAGACGGUUCCCAAGAAACCCCACUUCUGUCUUCGCCCUCCUCACCUCAAUCAUCCCCUUCAAUUCUCAAUUCUAGUCAUAGCGCGCGAAAGCUGGAUCUCAUCCAACUCUUUCAGGAAAACUAUGACCGUUUAAAUGAGGCACUGGCUGGUACUGAUCACUCAUGGACAGCUCUAACACUAAAGUUAUGUACUGCCCUUGAAACUGCCAGCAGGUUAGUCCAGUCCUCCAACUCAAAUGCUACAUCACUGCUAGAGAAGGUUGAGGAACUUGAGGGAAUUAUCAAGACGGGAGAUUCUGCUGUAGCUGCUGCCAAAGCCAUACAUGCCUCUCUAAAUUGGAAAGAUGGACGGAUGGCUGACAAUCGAAGUACUGAACAAUCAAAGCUUCACUAGAUUCAAGUGUUAUUAUGGGGCCAGACUAGACUGUUUUAGAAAGAUGUUCAGAAGUAUGGAGGGAUUGAAUACAUAAGAUGUACUCCGGAGAAUGUGUAACCAGAAUAUGUACUCCAGACAUCAUAGUUUUCUGUUCACCAAAUAAUCCUACUGGUUCUGCUGCAACAAGGGAACAACUGGUCCAACUGGUACAGUUUGCCAAGGAGAUAGCCAUAUGGACCUUUGUUUCUGCUUCAAGAUUCUAGUUAAUGUGAUGCCCAUCGCAGUCCAUUCCCACGAAUAUUUUGCAACUAGGGAGUGAUGAAAGAUGUGAGUGAUUCUUGACAAUAAUUUGUUCUGAACUGAUUUGAGCAAUAUAAUUUAUCAAGCUAUUGCACUUGAGGGUGUAGACUAGGAAGUAUGAUGUAUAUAUUUUUUUGAUAUUCCUAAAAAGAAAAAAAAAAUAGUUUUCCAUUAUUUUAAUUUUAUUGCUUCAGCCGUUUCUCAAACUUAAUAAAGCUCUGUUGGAAAGACUCCAAUAGAAUAUGAAUUUACAGGAGAAA